AUGUCUGAAGUUCGCAUCCCUCUGCCACAAGGAGCAGGAUAUGCAGUUGUCAUUGGGCUGGGGUUUGUUUUCGCCGGUGGUAUGAUCUUGACAACGUUCAUCCUGCGCAGGUACCAAAAGGAAAUUGUCACAUCUGAAGAGUUUUCUACCGCUGGUCGUUCGGUCAAGACUGGUUUGAUCUCUGCAGCAGUUGUCUCAUCAUGGACAUGGGCUGCCACUUUAUUACAAUCGUCAACUCAGGCUUACAAGAAUGGGGUUUCUGGUCCUUACUUCUAUGCUGCAGGUGCAAUGUGUCAAAUUGUAUUAUUCGCAUUCAUCGCUAUUAAGGCCAAGCAAAAGGCUCCGGAGGCUCACACAUAUUUGGAAAUCGUUAAAGCAAGAUACGGUCCUGCAGCUCAUGCCGUAUAUAUCUUCUUUGCAUUUGCAACAAACGUUUUAGUGACCGCUAUGUUACUCGCUGGUGGGUCAGCAACUAUUAGCAGCUUAACUGGUAUGAAUACCGUGGCUUGUAUCUUUUUGCUGCCAGUCGGUGUUAUGAUCUACACAAUGUUUGGUGGUAUCAAAGCUACUUUCCUAACAGAUUACAUUCACACCAUUGCCAUUAUCGUCAUCAUCUUGACAUUUGCGUUCACCGCUUACGCUACAGGUGACGAAUUGGGUUCACCUAGUAAAAUUUGGGAAAUGGUUACGCAAGCCGCUAUCAAUCACCCAGUCGAAGGAAAUGCUUAUGGAUCUUACUUGACUAUGAAUUCGAAAUCGGGCGGUAAGUUCUUCGUCAUCAACAUUGUCGGUAACUUUGGAUCCGUUUGGCUAGAUAAUGGUUACUGGAAUAAGGCUAUCGCAUCAUCUCCAGCUGCCGCUUUGCCCGGUUAUGUUCUCGGUGGUUUAGCGUGGUUUGCUAUUCCAUGGCUGACUGCUACCACUAUGGGUUUAGCUUGUCUCGCUUUGGAAUCUUCACCAUCUUUCCCAACCUACCCUAACAGGCUGAGCUCUGAAGCUGUUUCUGCCGGUUUGGCAUUGCCAAGUGCUGCGACUGCAUUGAUGGGUAAGGGAGGUGCAGUGGCUACUUUGAUCCUAGUCUUCAUGGCAGUCACUUCUGCUAUGUCAGCAGAACUAAUCUCCGUCUCAUCUAUCUUCACUUACGAUAUUUACAAGGGCUACGUCAAUCCACAAGCGGAUGGUAAGAAGUUGAUCUUCACGUCACAUGCCGCUGUCGUCGUAUUCUCAGUAGCCAUGUCCGGCUUUGCUACUGGUUUGUACUAUGCUGGAAUUUCCAUGGGUUACCUUUACGAGUUGAUGGGUGUCAUCAUCUCUUCUGCCGUGCUGCCUACAGCUUUAACACUACUCUCGAAGAAGCAGAAUUUGCAUGCUGUUGUAAUAUCCCCAAUUCUUGGUACUGGUGUGGCCAUCAUGGCUUGGUUGGUUUGUACCAAGAAAAAGUUCGGAUCUAUCACGGUCGAUAACACUUUUGAAGAUGAUGCCAUGCUAACCGGUAAUGUCGUUGCCUUGCUAUCUCCAGUUGUUUUCAUUCCAAUUUUAACCUGGAUUUUCAAGCCACAGAAUUUCGACUGGCAAAAGCUAAAAACUAUCAAGAGCGUCGAUGAGAAUCCCGAAUUGGAAGACGCUAUUCAACCAAUCUCGAGUGUUGUUCAUAAUCAAAGCGAAAGUUCCUCACUGGAUGGGGAAAAGAUGAAACCAGUAAAAUCUCAGGUAUCAGAAAUUGUCGGAGACCUUAUCGAUGAUCGCCGUUUGAUGGAGCUCGAAGAGGAGGAGGAAAACAGAUUGAAAAGGGCUUCCAAGAUCGCAGGAUAUCUGUGCCUGUUCCUCUGUAUCGCUAUGUUGGUUGUUUGGCCAAUGCCGAUGUAUGGCUCCAAGUACGUGUUUUCGAAGAAGUUUUUCACAGGUUGGGUUGUGGUUGGUUUCAUUUGGAUCUUCUUCACCGCUUUCAUGGUUAUCAUCUUUCCAUUGUACGAGGGAAGAGAAGGGAUUUACACGUCUUUGCGUGGUAUUUAUUGGGAUCUGACCGGUCAGUCCCACAAGCUGAUUGAAUGGCAAAAUGAUCAUCCAGAACAGCUGCAUGCCGUGCAGAGUCAAAUGUCAGCUGAAAUUCGCAGACGUAGAAGGAUUGGGAACAUAGAUGACAAUCUUGACUAA